AUGUCUUCGUCACAGGGGCCCAAUCCUUUGCGCCCGUACUAUAUCCCGCCUGCCAUGGGCCUGGAGGUCACCAACGCCUCGUCCCCUCCAGAUGCGUCAUCGGCCCAGGUGUUUGGCAGCUCGGCGCGCGACCUGCUGCCGGACUUGGACUACUCGGAUUAUCUUGACAAUUCGCCAUCGGUGUCUAGCUGGCUGCGAGAUGCUCUGGACCAGGGUAUCUGGCGUUAUACUAGCAUCUUGACGGCCCAGCCUUUCGACGUUGCCAAAACCAUUCUACAGACCUAUGUCGCCCCAGACUCCUCGGAGGGAUCAUGGCCGUUGGACGACCGACGGAGAUCCGGAGCGAGCGCUUCGUAUCGUGAUGAUGACGAUGAGGACGAUGAAUCGUUGUCGUCGGACGAUGAGAGCAGCUACUUCACAUCUGCCGCCCCUGCAGUUUCUUCGCCGUCAAGUCCCCGCUCUCGAAAGCCUCGACGCCAUAUCACCGAUCGCAGCGGCUACAUCCCAUCCUCGACGCCUUCUCGCCAUGCUCUGGCCAUCAAGAACCAAUCCUCCCUUAUGGAGGUGUUAUCGCAGUUGUGGUCGACCAGCGGUCCUACGUCGCCGUGGAAGGGCACCAACACGACGUUCAUCUAUUCCCUGCUCCUCCCAACGUUGAACACAUUCAUUCGGAGCCUGAUAUCCGCCAUUGUGGGCUUGCCGGAGGAGGAUAUCUCGUCCUCCAUGACGGCGGACAUUCUGACGUCGACUUCCCCGGUCGCUACGCUCCUCCUGUCCUUCAUCUCGACGUCCCUGUCGGCCAUCAUCCUGUCGCCAAUUGACACCGCCCGCACGUUCCUUAUCCUGACUCCAGUCACUCAUGGGCCUCGCUCUCUUCUUCGAGCCGUCCGACAAAUCCCCACCCCCAACUGCACCAUCCCUUCCCACCUCGUCCCCAUCACCGUUCUUCACUCCAGCCUGCCGAAUUUCAUUACCACUACUACCCCACUUUUGCUGAAAUCAUACCUAUCACUUGAUCCCGUCCUCAACCCAUCUAUGUGGAACCUGUUCACCUUCCUUGGAUCCGGCCUGGAGCUGGCCGUUCGAUUCCCGCUAGAGACGGUUCUCCGCCGCGCACAGAUCGCCACGUUUACAUCACCCAGUCUGCGGCAACAGGCUGUGGGUGGGCUGGCGUCACCGAGCGCGGCCACGUCGGCGGCUCAGGAGGUUGAAACCAUCGUCCCCACCCCCCAGACAUACCGUGGCGUUGUUGGCACAAUGUGGGGGAUCAUGUAUGAGGAGGGGACGCAAACGCCAUCGGAAGUGGAGCAAGCACGGACGGCACUCAAGAAGCCCGUUGCUCUGCGCAAGCGACAAGGCCAAGGCAUCCAGGGUCUCUACCGGGGCUGGAGAAUCGGCAUGUGGGGGAUUGCCGGCAUCUGGGGCGCCAGUCUUCUUGGGAACGCUGGUGCUGGGGACGAAGAAAUGCUGACGAGUGGUGGUCAGUUUUAA